AUGUCGAGGCGCAAGCAGGCGAAGCCCCAGCACAUCCAUUCGGACGAGCAGCUGCCCCUGGAUGUAGCGAAUGGGAGUCCACGAGACAUCCCAGGUGACAAAGGUGGCGAAAUGAGUUCCAAAAGGUGCCGGACGGAGGAAACCAAAAUCUGUCAGAAAUGCUGUGCAGAGUUCUUCGACCUCUCCGAAUUCCUUGAGCAUAAGAAAAAUUGCACUAAAAUGCCGCCUGUCCUAAUCAUGAAUGACGGCGAGGGGUCAAUGCCCUUGGAAGGCUUCCCCGAUAGCUGCUCGGGGGGGUUCCCAAGCAAUCCGAUGGAUGGCGGAGUGGCCAAGGAGAGUCAGGCAAAGAGCUGCUCUGCUUCUGUGGACAAACGAGAAGAGAGUGCCGACGCCGAGGCAGUGGGAGGGAUGUAUCUAAAAACGGAGCCCCCUGUUGCGCCCGCAACUCAUGGCUUAAGCUAUCUCCCCAAACCCAAAGUACCAAACACUAACGUGACUUUGCAGACCAUCCGUGGCACUAAAGUGGCUGUCAACCAGUGUACCUCGGAGGCCCUCUCUCCACCGACCGCUACCCACAGCGCCAUUCCGAUGAUCCUUGAGCAGCUUGUGUGCCUGCAGCAGCAGCAGCUCCAACAGAUCCAGCUGACGGAGCAAAUCCGCAUCCAAAUUGCCAUGAUGGCCCCCCAACUCCUACACCCUUCAAUAGCUGCUGCUGCCGCUGCCGCCACAGACCCCCUCAAAGCGUUGGGUGCUCACAUGUCCCAACAACUGUCAGCUGCUGUGGCUUUAAUCGGACAGAAAGCUGGGAGCCAAAGCCUAUCACUGGAAUCCUUGAAGCCAGGCAAGCUACCUCAUUCGAAUGUUGGCCUUCCGGCUGCGGUCUCCGUGGCUGGUGGGCAUAUGCCUGUCAUCUCCAUAAAGCCCGACGCAAGCCGAGGCCUGCCGAACUCCAUGUCGCGCUUCCCGAGCCCUUUGCUACCUCAGCCGUCCAGCUCGGUCAUCUUCCAAAACCCGCUUUCCGCCGUCUCCCAGGCGGUCGACCCCUCGAAGAAAGGGAAAGGGAAGCUGCCCAACGUGAACGUGUCCGAAAACAAACCGGCCCUGGAAGAGUCCUUCUUCAAACACAAGUGCAAGUUCUGCGGCAAGGUCUUCGGCAACGACAGCGCUCUGCAAAUCCAUCUCCGCUCCCAUACUGGUGAAAGGCCCUACAAGUGCAACAUUUGUGGCAAUCGCUUUACGACCAAAGGCAACCUCAAGGUGCAUUUCCAGCGACAUAAAGACAAAUAUCCCCACAUCAAAAUGAAUCCUUACCCCGUACCCGAACACCUAGACAAUGUGCCCACAAGCAGCGGCAUACCCUAUGGGAUGUCUGUUCCACUGGACGAAUCAAACCUUAUUGUGGAUACCAAGCCUAUCUUGACCGCACUGCCUACCUCUAUAGGUGCCGGCUUACCUCAGCCCCCUUCCGGCCUAGCAAGCAGCAAGGAUUCUUUCGCUAGUGCGCUUCUGGGCGACGUGCAGCCCAGGCCUUCCCCAGAAAGUGAAGGGGGUUCUUCAUCAGGUGCGGCUAGUCACGAAUCGGGAAUUGAGCAGAACAGGGGUUCCCCACAAGCCAGCUGCAGCGUGAGUGCUUUUCACGUCGGCCGAGGGGGGGAGCAAGGCUCUGAAACCACAAAGCUCCAGCAGUUGGUGGAGAACAUCGACAAAUCCACGGCUGACCCCAACAAGUGCCUGAUCUGUCACAGAGUCCUCAGCUGCCAAAGCUCCCUCAAAAUGCAUUACCGCACUCAUACGGGCGAGAGGCCGUUCAAGUGCAAGAUCUGUGGCAGGGCCUUCUCUACCAAAGGCAAUCUUAAGACCCAUUACGGAGUGCACCGUGGCAACACCCCGUUAAAGAUGCAGCAUUCCUGCCCCAUCUGCCAGAAGAAGUUUACAAAUGCGGUGGUGCUGCAGCAGCAUAUCCGUAUGCAUAUGGGUGGACAGAUCCCCAAUACCCCAGUGCCAGAAAAUACCCAUGACAAUUCUGAUGCGGAGACUACUGUGCCUGAGAAAAAUGGAGAUCCGUGUUGCCCGGAGGGUAAUGUAGAAGGUAUGGAGCUGGAAGGAGACCUGGAGUUGCUGGAUGGCCCAAGCCAGUCUUCUAAACCACCCGGCCCUUCCAAUACUCAAGCUGACCCUUCGACCUCUGUAUUUUCCAGUAUUUCAGUGCUAGAAAACCAGAUGAAAAUGGUAAAUUCAGCUUUGACCUUACAGCGGCAAAGCAGCCUGAAGUCCAGUGAUAAUGGCUCAGCAGAGAGUGACGGUAUGACCAACGACUCUUCCUCGGUGACAGGUGAUCCAGACUAUCAAAAUGGUAGCCGUAGCCCCAUUGCCUCUGAAUCGGCUUUCUUCCCGGCAUUGUCUCCAGCCAACAGUCAAGCAGAGAGCAACAGAUCCAAGUCUCCAGGUUUUAACAUCCAAGAAGAUGGAGUGUUGGGAAGUAAGGCCGAGGGUCCUGAGAUCCAUCCUGUGGAAAGGGAUAGUGCUUUGGAUCUAACCUAUGGCAAUAUUGGUCGGAAGGUUAUCAAAGAAGAACCUGGGUUACAUUUCCCAAAUGGAGAGUACGGCCGAAGCAGUGUCCACGCAGCUUUUGUCCGAGCACCGCCGGCUCUGAUCAAAAUGGAAAUUCCUAGCGAUCGCCCCAUCAAUGCCAGCCAUUUUGUCGGCCCCCCUGCGUUGUCGCCUGGCGUGCCUCCUCUUCUGGUGCCGCCCCCUCGCCGUACCGCCAAACAGCAUAUCUGCACCACGUGUGGCAAGAACUUCUCGUCGGCAAGCGCGCUUCAGAUUCACGAGCGGACUCACACGGGCGAAAAGCCGUUUGCGUGCACCAUCUGUGGGAGAGCUUUCACCACAAAAGGCAACCUCAAGGUCCACGUUGGAACUCACAUGUGGAACAAUUCGGCCCGACGUGGAAGGAGACUAUCCAUUGAUAACCCCAUGGCCCUGCUCAGCAGUGACCCAAAGAAGGUGUCGGAGAUGUUUCCUAAGGAUGUCGUGCCUCCGUCGGUCAACCUCGACACAGCCGCGUGGAACCAGUAUGCUGCUGUGCUCAGUAAUGGCUUGGCCAUGAAAACCAACGAGAUCUCCGUGAUCCAGAGCGGAGGCAUCCCUUCCCUCCCAACCACCAUCGGGGGAGGUCCAGCAAUCAAUGUAGCAAUGAGUUCUGCCUCGGUCUCCAAGAUGGAUGGUUCCCAGUCUGCGAUUGGGGUGGAGAUGGAGAAUCCCAGUAGCGCCGCUGCAGACAAUGUGCCAAAAUGCCAGUUCCCUCACUUUAUGGAAGAGAACAAAAUUGCUGUUAAUUAA